AUGUCUCGAAUCGGACGAAAUAAUGGAGGAUUGACCUCAAAGCCCGGAUGGAUUGGUGCAGUAGCCCGUUUCUGGGAGAAAAGCUAUGCGCCAGAUUAUGUUGGCUUUGUAUUGCUGUUGACGGCAUACAUUUUGAUCGAAUUUCUUCAAGAGCCAUUCCACCGCAUGUUUUUUAUAAACAACAUCAAUAUUCAAUAUCCACAUGCUUUGGUGGAGAGAGUACCCGUUGGAUGGAAUUUGAUAUAUGCAGGAGUUAUUCCAUGCAUAACCUUGGCCGUUUGGCUUGGAAUUUCGAGAGCGAACCUCCACAAAUGCCAUGUCACUAUGUUAGGAUUCUUUAUAGGCCUGGUUCUCACAUCAUUCAUUACUGAUGUUAUCAAAAAUGCUGUUGGGAGACCUCGACCCGAUCUUAUCUCUCGCUGCAAGCCUACACCUGAAACACCAGAAAACAAGUUGGUAACCAUUCAUGUAUGCUCGGAAAAAGAUCACCAUACAUUACAUGAUGGAUGGAGAAGUUUUCCCUCUGGUCAUUCUUCCUUUGCAUUUGCUGGACUUGGAUACCUCGCAUUUUUCUUUGCAGGACAAACACAUGUGUUCAGACCUAGAACUGAUCUCGGGAGGGUACUCUUAGCCCUCGCCCCAUUGCUUGGAGCUGCCAUGAUUGCGAUUAGUCGAUGCGAAGAUUACCGUCAUGAUGUGUAUGAUGUAACAUGUGGAUCUAUUCUUGGUAUUUCUCUAGCAUAUUUCUCAUAUAGAAGGUAUUUUCCAAGGCUGCAUUCCUCCAAAUGUCAUGAGCCUUACCCGUCACGAGAAGCUGCAUUCAACCAAGGGUUUGGAAAAAUAAAAAACGAUGAAGAAACGGAAGUGGGCAGGGCUAGAGAGUUUGAUGUAUCUGACAAUGAGAGUGAUGCAUCCUAA